AUGACACGGCACGGCACGGCGCUGGGCCGGGCUGAGCUGAGCCGCGGAGACGGGUGCGUGGAGAAGCCGCUGUCCACGUUGUGGAAGAACUACACGGGGUCGUCGAAGCCCGACGUGCCCAUGAAGCUGACCGUGUGCAACGCCGGCCUGAAGGCAGUCACCAAAGAGCACGGGCUCACCGAGUACUGGAGCCACCGCAUUACCUACUGCGCCGCGCCCUCGUCCUUCCCGCGAGUAUUUUGCUGGGAGCAGCUGCAGCAGCGGGACGAGCGCGGCGGGCAGCAGGCGAGGCGGCAGGCCGGGGACGAGGAGGUGCAGAGGCUAGCCGAGCGCCUGGCGGCCGCGCCCUGCGACGACGUGCGGCUGCCGGACUCCGCCUCGGGACGCGACUACCAGCAGGUGGUGACGCGGCUGGCGGAGCACCAGGAGAACAUGCAGGGCGAGCAGCAGGUGGCGCUGGGCGCGCACCCGGAGCGGCGCAGCUCGCUGGGCGCCGGGCGGCGCGGCUCGCUGCCCAAGCGCAUCAGCUGGGGGCCCGACGUGGAGGCGCUGCGCGAGGGCGGCUGCGCCGAGCGGCUGCUGGUGGCCGGCGGCGUUGACGACGGGCGAGCGGCGCCCGACAGCGACGAGGCACCAGCAGCCUGCAGACGCUGUCAGAGCGGUCGAGCGAGGGCUCGGACGGCCGGCCGCGCUGGUGCGCACGACGCGCUCGGCUCGUCCUUCCGGCCGCUGGCCGACUUCCGCGAGCCCUUCCCGUCGCUGCCGUACGAGUGCAACGCGCCGGCGGCGGCCGUGCUGGCGCAGCCGCCGCCGCAGCCGCCGUCGCCCGGCGCGGAGGUGCUGGUGGACUGCGGCCCGCGGCGGGCGCGGGCCCGGGCGGCGCCACGCGCAGGCGGCCGAGGGCCACCAGCGCCCGCCGCUCGCCCGUCGUGCUGCGCCGCUCGCACACCUUCGCCGCCCGCCGCGUCCCGUCGAGGCCCUCGAGCUCGACUCGCUCAGCGAGGAGGACGACCCGCUCGAGGAGCCCGCCGACCCGGCCGACCGCCACGCCAAGAUGGCCGCCGACGAGACAACGUGAGCGACGAGAGGCUACCGGAGCUCAUCGACAACGGGAACCGCCGCGCGGGAGCGGCGGCGGAGGCGGCGGCGUGGGCGGCGGGUGCGCCUCGGCGCGCGACGACUGCCUCAAGUGCCCUCUGCAGGACGCCGUGCCCACGACGCGCUGCGUGCGGGUGUGAGGCUCGCUCCGCCGGUCGCCGCCAGGGGCGCUGGUGGCGCGCGGUGGCCUUCGGCGGCCAUGAUUGCCAUCGGACGCGACCUCGCGGCGCGGCGCGGAACCUCUGCUGA